GAAAAGUAGAUCCGGUAGCACUGGUAGGUCAUCUUGAGCCGGUUGUCGAAGCAGCUCUUCAGUCCACAGCAGAACUCGGCGGGUAAAGGUUGGUAUUGAAAGGAUAGACCCAAUAGUGACCAUGUCCUCAUCAAAGACUCAUUCCCAAGAGAUGGGCAGUGCCUUUAUCCAGACCCAGCAGCUCAAUGCUUCAAUGGCUGACACCUUCCUGGAGCACCUGUGUCUGCUGGACAUAGACUCUGAACCAACCACCGCCCGCAACACCGGCAUCAUCUGCACGAUCGGGCCGGUCUCCCGUUCUGUGGAGACUCUGAAGGAGAUGAUCAAGGCUGGAAUGAAUGUGGCUCGACUCAACUUCUCUCACGGCACUCACGAGUACCAUGAAGGAACCAUCAAGAAUGUGCGUGAAGCCACUGAGAGCUUUGCUGCUAACCCCAUCCUCUACAGACCAGUGGCUGUGGCACUGGACACAAAGGGACCGGAAAUCAGAACUGGACUCAUCAAGGGGAGUGGCACAGCAGAGGUGGAGCUGCAGAAGGGCGCUUCUCUGAAGAUAACCCUGGAUGACAACUUCAUGGAGAAAUGUGAUGAGAACACGCUGUGGGUCGACUACAAAAACCUGACCAAGGUGGUGCAGGCGGGCAGCAAGAUCUACAUUGAUGAUGGACUCAUCUCCCUUGUGGUGAAGGAGCUAGGGUCUAACUACGUCAUGUGUGAGGUAGAGAACGGUGGUAGCCUGGGCAGCAAGAAGGGAGUGAACCUGCCAGGCGCUGCGGUGGACCUGCCUGCUGUCUCUGAGAAAGACAUCCAGGACCUGCAGUUUGGAGUGGAGCAGGGGGUAGACAUGGUCUUUGCCUCCUUCAUCCGCAAGGCUAGUGACGUGCAGGCUGUUAGGAAGGUCCUGGGAGAGAAGGGCAAAAACAUAAAGAUCAUCAGCAAGAUUGAGAACCAUGAGGGUGUGCGCAGGUUUGAUGAGAUCCUGGAAGCCAGUGAUGGCAUCAUGGUUGCCCGUGGAGAUCUUGGAAUUGAGAUUCCUGCUGAAAAAGUCUUCCUUGCACAGAAAAUGAUGAUUGGUCGUUGCAACAAAGCUGGCAAACCAGUAAUCUGUGCCACUCAGAUGUUGGAGAGCAUGAUUAAAAAACCCCGUCCCACUCGUGCAGAGGCCAGUGACGUGGCCAAUGCAGUCCUGGAUGGAGCUGACUGCAUCAUGCUGAGUGGAGAGACAGCCAAGGGAGACUAUCCCCUGGAGGCUGUGUGCAUGCAACAUGCGAUUGCCCGUGAGGCAGAGGCCGCUAUUUUCCACAGGCAGCUGUUUGAGGAGCUCCGGCGCUUGUCCCCCUUGACCCGGGAUCCCACUGAGGCUGCCGCCAUCGGCGGAGUUGAGUCUUCUUUCAAGUGCUGUGCCAGCGCCAUCAUCGUGCUCACCAAGACUGGCAGGUCCGCCCACCUGAUCUCCAGGUACCGCCCCCGUGCCCCCAUCAUUGCUGUGACUCGUCAAGGACAGACUGCUCGCCAGGCCCACCUGUACCGUGGGAUCUUCCCUGUGCUGUUCAAUGAGCCUGCCCUUGACGUGUGGGCAGAUGACGUUGACCUCCGUGUCAACUUUGCCAUGGAUAUCGGCAAGGCUCGUAGAUUCUUCAAGUCUGGCGAUGUGGUCAUCGUGCUGACUGGCUGGCGCCCAGGUUCCGGUUACACCAACACCAUGCGUGUUGUCCCCGUGCCCUAAAGAAGGGAACUCCAUUCAUCCCCAGUCCCCUCUCCUGUCCCUUCGCCCUGCGGCAGCUUUCGAGGCCCCCACUCCUUUCACUUCUUCCUGUCCAUCUUGGCACACCUAGGCAAUCCUCUUAGUCCUUAGACCAGCUUCCUAAUUUCCCCGCACCCCCCUGUCACCAGGGCACUUGUUCUAGCUGCCAGAACCUGUAGUAAUUAUUAAAGGAAUAAACACCAUAUCGAACACAUCAGAAACAAUUCAUCUGGACAUUUUUGUGCAGGCCAGGCAAAUCUCUUCUUGCUGUGUGGAACCAGAGUUUACAGAACAUGCUGUUCUCUGAUACCUGCAAGGAACAGAUUAAGUAAUUGAGGAAUUUUUACAUGUAACUGAUGUUGGACAAGCACAUUGUUAGUUUUGUGGGUCCUGUACCCUAGUUAUUCUUGCUGGAAAGAUCAAGGGAUACGGCCUUGUCUCUUGUAUGAUUUGUUAAACGUCUGCCCUGCACAUUGGAAUUAUUCUUCUGUCAGAGUUGCCUGGGCCUACCUGCUUUGUAGUUUGUGUCCAUCUCGCUAUCUUCUGUACUGCGUUUUUAAAUUGCUGCACUCCACUCACUGUUACAUUCUCCAUUUAUACUUUUGAGUGUGAUUGGAAGGUAACCAAUAUCUAUUUUGUUAUACUGGAUGGUUGAUGGAAUGAUUGGACUGCACUUUAAAAGGGGAAGAAUGAGCCCAUUAAGUAGUGAAAUAACCUGUGUUUCUGAAAAUUGAUAUUCUGAAGCAUACCCUUUGAAUCCUGGUCCAUGCAUUUAGAGUUGCAAGGAAAAAGAAAAGGCGUUAUCCACUGGAUUGUAAAGCAGGAGUUUCUUGGUCAUAGCUUCCAUCCACAAGGCAUUGGCCUGUCUAAAAUACGACCUUGCUGGUCUUGACCUCCCAGUCUUUCUGAGGGUUCAAGAAACCUGCUUAUUUGUCAUACUGUGGAGACCAGUCUAAGUAGUAGGGGGGGUUUUAUAUAAACUCAGCCUUCUGCCAUUUGCAGUGGAGCUCAUGCAAGCCUAUUUUAGGGGUGAUUUUGAGCUUUUCACAAUUGCCCACUAUACAAUAUUAAUCUGCUGCUACAUUGUGCAAAGCAAAUUGAGGAUACAAUAAAAGUAAAUCUGCAAUAUUAAUAUGGCUCUUUUUGAAGGUGGUUUACCCCUUGGUGCAGGGCUGGAUUUGGCACUUUGAAGGCUGGUCCCCUCCACACUCUGGUCCGCACUCCCUGCUGCUGUAGCUGACUUUGUCAAGUUUUAGUGUGUGCGUGUGUUCCUGAGAUGUUCCCCUCUUGCUUUCUGACUUGUGAUGGUUUUGAAAAAGUUGUCUAUAAAAACAAUGCAGAAAAUAGUGCCUGGAGUUGUCCUGCACUAAUGAAUUUACAUCAAUAAAAGAUGAGCACCUGC